AUGAGUUUACAAGAAAGAAAACAAACAAAAUUACUUUUGAUUGGAAAUACAGGUGUUGGUAAAAGUGCAUUGGGUAAUUUUAUUCUUAAUAAGAAUGAAUUUGUAUCAAGUGAUAGUGCAAAUUCAUGUACACAAAUAAUUCAAGGUGGUUGUGGAGAUAAUGAUAGAAGUGAUAUCUGUGUUAUUGAUACACCUGGAUUUCAAGAUUCAGAUGGUAGAGAUGGUGAACAUCUAACAAAACUUAUUCAAUGUAUUAACAAAGAAAAUGAGUUUCAUUCUGUUGGAAUUGUAUUAGAUAUUAAUGAUAAAAGACUUUCAUCUAGUAUCAAAAAAUUAAUUAAAACAAUAUACAGUAUGUUUAAAAUAGAAGAUUUCUGGAAACAUGUUUGCAUUAUUUGGACAAAAUGCUAUUAUUAUACACCUGAAGAACAAGUAGAACAGUUCAAAAAAGAAAAAAAUAAAUUUAAAGAAGAACUAAUCAAAUUUGUAACACAGGAAGAAGGCAAAGAUAACAACAUAGAGGAAAGUAUUGAUUUUCCAAUGUAUUUUAUAGAUUCAAAACCACUUGAAAAUCAUGAUAAUACAAGAUCAGAAAAUGAAAUAAAGUCAUUAAUUGAAUGGUCAAGAGAAUUAAAACAAAAUCCAUUUUGUUUUGAGAAUCUUAGUGAAUACAAAGAAAUAACUUAUGAAAAAAAUGAAAGUAUUACAAGAACAGAAGAAAAAAAUAUAGCAACAUAUACAACAACAAUAUGGAGAAGAGAUGUAAAGGAAAUGCAUAAUGGAGAAAAAAUUAUUGGUCCUUGGUAUGUAAGAAGAAAAAAAAUUCAAGAUGCACUUCAAGCAGAAAAUUUAAGAAGGAAAGAAAAAAGAAAGAACAUACUGAAGGCAAUAGGUUUAGGUGGUCUUGCAGUUGGUGCAACCGUUGCAACAAUUCUAAGUGGAGGUGUUGUUGGUGCUUGUGCUGUUGGUGCUGUUGCUGAAGCAACUGUCACUGGAGUUGCAACUGCUACUGCCUUUGGUAGUGCUGCAGUUGUUGGUACGGGUGUUUCUAUGGCUGGUGGUGUUGCUACUAUUGGUAGUACUAUUGCUUGUGCAGAAAAAAUUGAUGAAAUUAAAUCAUCUGAUAGAAACAUUACUAAGGAAAAAGUGCAGUAA